AUGUCUUUGCUCUCACGCAGGCUGUUCGGCCAAGCAAGGUCAAGUCUCUCUCGCGACGCAGUUUCGACGUCGGCAUGGGGCAUCCGACACGAGUCGUCCUCCGCCAUCGCGCAGCGCACCGUCGCAUCCGGCUCUUGCUCUACCGACUCGGCACCACCCACACACUACCGCAUCACGCUCCGACGAUCCGGCAUCGGUAUGCCUGAAAAGAUCAACCGCACAUUGCAAGGUUUGGGACUCAAGAAGCGUCUCCAGUCGGUCUAUCGGCCCAUUGGACCCGCUAUGGCUGGUGCGAUUCUCGCCGUCAAGGAACUCGUUCACGUCGAAAACGUGCGUCGACUGUCCGACGCAGACCAGAUGCUGUUGAGCGACCAAGACGCCGUAUGGGUCAACGAGGCCGGCGAGAUCGUCGACCCUGGUAAAGCGGCCAAGAAGGCUCCCAGGGGAUACAAGAUCGUCGGCAACGUGGUUAGCGAGGUUCGUGAUCAGCAGAUCAAGAACGCUUCUUCGUAA